AUGUCUCGCUUUGCACCCUUCACGCGUGUUGACUUAGCAUAUCGUUUCAUUAAUGGAGUACCCCUCGAGGCUACGGUCCUGAUCCCCAAGAGUACAUUUACUUCGCCUAAGGCCAAUGGCAAGAAAUACCCCCUGAUGGUCCGCUGGCAUGGUGGUGGCUUUGUUGUUGGGCACAGGAUGUACGAACCCUGGUUUGCAAAGUGGCUGCUAAAUUUGGCCCUUGAUCAGGAGGCGAUCAUAAUUACGCCAGACUACAGAUUGCUACCUGAAUCCAACGGAAGCGACAUACUAAGUGAUGUGGCAUGCUUCUGGAAAUGGCUGGAGAAAGAUCUACCUCUAUACAUGCGGCAAAAGAAGCUGCCACAGCCGGACGUCAGCAAUGUUCUAUGCUGUGGUGAGAGCUCCGGUGGCUUCAUCUCCGUCUAUUGUGCAUUACAUUUGGAGUCCAUGCUGCAACGCGAUGAUUCGAGGAAUGAUGAGAAAGUGGAAGAGAAAGUGAACAUCAGGGCCGUCAUCUCAAUCUCUGCUCCUUUGGAUGCCACGGCUCCCGAGUACAAAGUGCCUCGGCCGCGAGUUUUCAUGGGUAGAAGCCCUCCGCCACCACGGCAGGCUUUGGCAAAGAUUCGUGCGUACAUCAAGGGUAUACCUCCAGGAAGCAUCCGGACGGGGUGUGAGCCAACCUCCAGCAUGUGGGAACUGUUGUUGUGCAUAGCCCAGCAAGCCUAUUUACCUCGCCUGUUCGGCAUGGGCCCUGGGAAAGAGGGCGGCGCAACUCUUGAGGGCCUUAUGGAAACAUUGGGUCGAGGGGAUGAUAAGAUGGUCCCCUCGUGGAUUGUUCACGGGACGAAUGACACCAUGGCAAUGGUCCACCGCCUCCCGGACAAAGAAGACCUCCCUUCCGAAAAUUCCAAACCAGAAAAAUACAUCAUCCUCAUCAUCGCCUCCACAGCCGUAGCAGGCAAAGUGCAAAUCGCCCGCUCAGUCGCCGAAUCGCUCUCCUGUCCCCUCUUCCAAGGCGACAGUUUGCACGAGACCGCUGCUCGCGCUUCCAUCGUCGGCGUGCCGAAGCGCCCCACCCACGCCUCCAAACCAAACCCCAACCCUGUCGGACACGAUGUUGAGGAAGAUGGAGGGUCGGGUGGUACAAGUGGCGCGAAUGAGGGACGAUAUCAGCGCAUGUGGCUUUCCAAGAUGACGAGGACUGGAUUGUUGUUCCCCGAGGAGUCGAGGGCUGCUGCGGCGGAAUUUUCGGGUUUUGGAGGCACGUCGUCGACGGGGACGAGUCGGCGGGGGUCGAGUAGCUCUGUUGCGUCGAUGGCGUCGUCAGAUGGAGAUGCGGGGGGCUCUGGGGUCAGUGGGGGAAGCAGUGCGGUGGGUGUGGGCUCAGGGGUGCAGACACAGAAGUUUGUGAACCGGCCGCCUGUGGCCGUGCUAUCGGAUGAUGAGAGACUCAGGAAGGCGAAUCCGGCGUUGAUGGUUGUGACGCAUCCCGAACUGGAGGAGUGGCAUCGGGAGUGUAUUCGGAAGAGUGUGGGGGAGUAUAAGAUUGGGGUUAUCUUUGUGCCGUUGUUUGUGGAGGAGGGGCUACGGGAUGGGGACGGGGUUUUGGAAGAGGAGGAGGAAGAGGAGGAAUUGCCUGUGUUAAAGCCUUUUGAUCCGUCGGGGAUUGCGAAUUUUACUUCUUUAGGGGAUUUUGGGGCGGCAAAAAUGGAUAGGGCGAAGACGCUGGAUGAGGAGAUUGUGUUGAAGGUCGAUGUUGAGGCGAAGGUUGAGGAGCUUAUUGAGGAGAUUGUUGAGGGGGUGAGGGAUAUUAUGAGUCUGUAG